AUGGCUUACAAGUUAUUAACUCCUCCAGACACUCCUCUGUUUCCUUCAUUGGAUGAUGAGCCGCUACCAGUUAAUGCUGCUCCCAGGGGCAGACCUCGGAGUCAACCUAUUUCUAUCUCAAGAUCUUCCACGAUGGAAAAGAGCUACAGAAGCAGUAGGGGUAGUUCCAGUCCAAAUCGCUUAAGCCCAUCUCCUCGGUCUGGGAGUAGCACGUUCCAGUCGAGGGGAAGGCCUUCAUCAGCAACUCAUUCCAGUCCACCUCUAGGUCUACGGCAUGCUUCUCCAUCACGGAGACCAUCUACUCCUCCUAGUAAACCCUCAACACCUACUCCAAGGUCGUCUACCCCAACUCCUCGUAGGAUGAGCACUGGGUCCAGUGGUACCAUAGCCUCACCAGGGACAAGGGGAACUUCACCUAUAAAGACAAAUCGAGGAAACUCUGUAUCGCCAAAAAUAAGGGCAUGGCAAGCUAAUAUUCCGGGGUUCUCCUCUGACGCACCUCCCAAUCUCCGUACUUCAUUGGCUGAUCGGCCAGCAUCAUAUGUGAGGGGUUCCUCACCAGCAUCUAGAAAUGGUAGGGAUUCUACCUCCAAAGUCAGCAGGCAGUCAAUGUCCCCAACAGCUUCUAGAAGCAUCAGUUCAUCUCAUAGUCAUGAUCGUGACAGAUUCAGCUAUCACAGCAAAGGCUCUGUAGCAUCAUCUGGUGACGAUGAUAUAGAUUCUCUACAGUCCAUUCCUGUGGGUAGUUUAGACCGAGCAACUUCAAGGAGAGUUGGGCCAUUAUCAAAUAAUCGAGCUCUGCCCUUUUCGAAGAAAUAUACUAGAAUAGCAUCCUCAACAUCUGCUCCAAAAAGAUCAUUUGACCCUGCCCUUCGACAGAUGGAUAACCGGAAGAGUCCUCAGAAUAUGUUCAGGCCACUUUUAUCUAGUGUCCCCAGCACCACCUUUUAUGUCGGAAAAGCAAGUUCUGCAAAUCGUUCUCUUAUAUCUAGGAACUCAGUCACAACAAGCAGCAAAGCAAGUUCUGAUCGUGCGGCAGUUGAUAAUGAAGGUGGUGACCAGAACCAGGAUGACAUGGCAAGUGAAUGUGGGAAAGUUGCAUAUCCUGAUGUUCAAGAAGUCUUUGCCUUUGAUAAGAUGGAUGAAGUGAAUAAAGACAGUGGCCAUGAAAUGCAUGAUGUAUCACUUCGCAUUCAGCAUGGUGAAUUUGUUAAAAGUCCUGCAGCUGAUUGCGGUUAUAUCGUCUCUGAAAACUUUGGUCACCAUGGUAUUGCCUUGGAAAUCGGUGCAACUUCUGAAGCUUCUCAAGUCAAGGCUGAUUCUCCAGGAGUUGAUAUUCUUGAAAAUAUGGCAAGUUGUUCAAGGUGUGGUUCAGUGUACAGUGUUGUUGAUGAAGUGGAACGGAGCAUUAAACUUUGUCCAGAAUGCCGUCGGAAAGACGACACUUUGAGUGUUAUAAUUUCGGGCCCAAGAAGUGUAGUUGCUGUAAACUCCCCAGUGACGUAUAUGAUUUCUGAAGAAGAAAAACCUUCUGAUCAGAUGGAGCCUGUAAUUGUUGUACCAGAAUUUGUACCCAUUACUUGUGUGGAUGAACGAAGGGUUUCUGUGGGUGAAGAGACUGCUGAGCAAGGCCAAAUUCCCCAGAGUGAGCAACAACAAAACUUCUCUCCAGAAUAUGCAAGGUCGUUGGUGGAGGAAGCUGAGCUUAAGGAUGUCAAUCGGCAAGAGGUGGGCCAACCAACUGUUGGUUACAGCAUAACUGCUGAUGAUGACACUGUGGGUCAGCAAUUGCAUCGCUAUAAUGACUAUCCAAAUUUGAAGGUUGGUUUUUCAGAAGGCACAGGCAUAUCCAUACUGCUGAAGAGGCCAAGUAGUAGCAAGGGGCCUGUUUUCCAAGGCAGGACAUUUGCUGCUACUACAAUACUUUAUGAUGAUCGGUCUCAUGCAAGAGACAGUGCAAGCAGUAUGAGAAGCUCCAUUGGGCAAGGCAGUUUCUCGGCAUCAUCCUCUACUGAUUUCAGCUUAGCUAGACAAUUGGAAACUCGUAUACAACGGCAGUUAAGUGGCAGGAAAGCAGACAUGGAGAAUGGUAGAUCUGACGUAAACAUGAAGUCUCAAAGCACUGGGUCGCCUUUAUCUGGAAUUUCAAACCAUGGUCACCGAGGGUUAGAAAACCUUGUGGUUUCCGAUGGCAAUGUGGAACAUGCUGUAGUGGAAAAACCAAGAGCUUCUGAAGGGCAAGCACUUGUGUCGGAGUAUGCACUAGCAGAUGCUACCAGUACAUAUUUUACCAGGACAGGUGUUGUUGAGACUGAUAAUUCUGAAUGUAAUGAUCGUAGAACGGUUGAUGUUUCCAACUUGGGAUUGUCCCAUCGUAUUGAUAAUGUUCUGCUAGAGAAUAAUUCGGUAGCAUCAUUUCCAAAUUAUGAGAAGAAUUACACUGCUUAUGCAAAUGGUGAGUUUAUCCCAGAAAACACAAGGAGUGUCAUGGAUGUGGAAGCAACUAUUAGAACUCCAGAGUCCUCUUCUGGAGAGGAACUUGUCAUGAUGAACAGUAGCACUGGUGAAGUGGAUGAUGCACAGGUUCCUUCACAGAGCUCUGUGGUUACUUUGUCACAAGUGGAAACUGAAAAGUGCUGUCUGGGUAACCCUGGUUCACAGAUUGAUGAGGUCUGUCUCAUAUCGAUGAGCACCAAGGGUGAAUUGCAGGAGUCUUCAGUUUCAGACCCCAACACCUCUGAUCAUGCAUAUGGCAUCCUUGAGGAAUCAGCAGUAAUGGUAGACUGUCAGGGUGGAAGUAAGUCAAGGAGUGUAACACUGGAGGAAGCCACGGAUGCAAUACUUUUCUGCAGCUCCAUUGUCCACGAUCUGGCCUACGAAGCUGCAAACCUGGCAAUUGAGAAGGAAAACCCAAUCCCAUUGGAAGGUUCAUGGCCAACAGUUACAAUAUUGGGGAAAUCGAAUUCUGAUAGAAAAAUUGCAGGCAGAACCACUGGCAAACCACGUGCUUGGAAAGCCCACAAAGCCAGGCAAAGGCAGGUGGAAACAGAUGUGAAGCAUGCAUCCAAUAAGACCGAGAAUGAUGAGAACGCCAACGACUCUUUGAACUGCAAUGUUGGGGUUCCCAACAAGGUGGACAGCAUGGAGCCUCCAAAGCUGGAAUCCAAGUGCAACUGCACAAUAAUGUGAAGUCUCCCCCAUUUGUACUCAGGUCGUGCUCACGCUGCCCUUAUUACCCAUGCUAUUCCCUAACUUAAUGUUUAGUGCUUGAUGGGCUGUCUGACUUAAUUGCCGAUUGGGUUCUGAUAAUUGUAAAGUAAUUAUUAUUUUUUCUUCUUCUUCUUCUUCUUCUUCUUCUUAGGCUGAGGGCACUGGAGUUUGUGUUUGCUCCAGUAGCCACAUAUUCUUGUUCUAUUUCCCUCAAUCUUAAUCGUUAUGAUUGUGCA